CUUUCGAAUGGCUUCUGGUGAAUGCCGCAGGGGUUGCCUUCUGCACGACCCACACGCAGGGAUCGACCUGCCUGCCUGCCUUGAAUACCAAGGUACAUACCAAGACGACCUCUCACGAUGCUCUGUGAACAUCGACCUGAAGGCUUCGGCCCAAAAUCAGCUCUCUCCAGCUAUCUGCCAACAACAUGUUUCGCUGAUGUCGUGGUCGUCCCACUGGCGACCUGGACUUACCUCGUCAUUCUAUUGAUUGUCCUUCCACUAUGUUUGCGCUCACUACGAGCGUCAGCGUCAGCGUCAGCUUCAGCCGUACCGUCGCACACGGCUGAAACGACCACGGCAGGAGACAAAGUCGCUGUGUCAACAUCAGCGUCAACAUCUAUGCCGCCAGCAACCAAAUCGACCUCCGUGGCCGUUAAGAUUGCCAGCAUCAUCUAUUACAUACUCAUAGUAGCCAUGCUGGCCAUGGUAUCACUUGAGAUUGCCCGGCUUAUCGUCGCUCAGCUCGGGAUUGGCCUCCUUCCCUUCACCUACGUUGGCAUACUCGCCGCCCUGGCCCUCCACGUCGCUGCUGCGUCGACGACUACAGCAUCCUGGCUUGGCGGUUUGCAUGUCUACAGGGGUGACGCGCGGUGGCGAUGGACAGUCAAGGGCGUCAACGUGCUAUACUGGGUGAUGUUGAUGUGUGUGAUGGCGAUCAAGGUUGCCAGUCAGGCCAAGGAGCAGAACGUAUUGGGGAUACGGACGGGUCAGCAGGCGCAGUAUCCUAUUUCAGAUUCCGUCACGGACAAUGCGACCAUGAUAGGGGUGGAGUUUGUGCUAUUGAUCUUGGAGUUGUUGGCUAUCUAAUCAUAUUACCUUACAGUGUCAUAGAGGUUCUAGGAGCUGAAAUUGUACAUCAGAUGAGGAGCACACCGAACUGAUCGUGCCUUGUGGUAGAGGUGGCGCCUUCCUCUGCAAAGUGACCGUGUGGCUGUGCGCGAGCCAAACAGAGCAGGCGCGGGGUCAUUUUGGUGACUCACUGCACAGAAGUGCGGGAUGUCCACGAGUCCUCCGUGAGGCCUUCCUUUCCUGACGGACUGGAGGUAAGGUAGCCUUUGCGACAGCCAUGGAGUAGGUGCCAAUGAGAUUUGACUUGAAGUGGCAGCUAGUCCACUGAGGCCAAUGAGGCCAAUGAGGCCAAAAAUGAGACUCUGUGAAAGUGUAUUGUUGAUGGCGAGGCUUACUCCGUUACCUCAGCAGAAAUGAACAAGGGUGAUGGCGGGGUUAUGUUUUCAACCACCAUUUGCCAGGGGUUAGGGAGAGAG